UACGACUUUGUCGAGUGGAAGAUGGAGUUUUCUACAUUUAGCAGUUGCCAUAUUCCUGAUUCAUUGGCGUACAUUUUGUCCAUAGAAUUCACAAAAACCUCGAAAUUCUGUGGUGCUAAAAGAAUGCAGCGAAGAGUAUGGAGACCCACAAAAUAGUUUUUCACCAUGCUUCUCUUCUCCCAUAUAAACAACCCUCAUUUCCUCUGGUACCAUAUUCAACUACAAGCAGCCUUGGGCUUCUCCUUGGGGAUCGUCGGCAUGGCAAGUCCUCAAAAGAUGAUGUCUCUAGGCUGCUUCCUGUUGCUCUCUCUUCUUGCAUUCUCUUCUUGCUCUCUUGGAGCAGCUGAUGCCCGAGUUAGGAAUCGCCGUAUUUUGACUUCCUCCGACGAUCUCUCCAAAGCGUACAAACCAUUCGUGGAUGAUCAUUUCUUUGGCAAUUCCAAGCUCAAGCAGGCUUAUGAAGUUCUCCAGGCAUGGAAGAGCACCAUCUAUUCUGAUCCACAGAACUUCACAAGCAAUUGGGUCGGUCACGAUGUCUGCGCCUACAACGGUAUUGUCUGCGAAAAGGCACCGUAUAAUGCCAGCCUCACGGUUGUUGCUGGCGUCGACUUGAAUCAUGCAGACAUUGCAGGACACCUCCCCGAUGAGCUCGGCAAUCUGUCCGACAUCAGCCUCCUCCAUCUGAACUCCAACAGGUUUUGUGGAAUUGUUCCUGAUAGCUUUAUGAAUCUAAAGCUCCUUUACGAGUUGGAUUUGAGCAACAACCGUUUCGUGGGACCUUUCCCAGAGGUGGUGCUAGGCCUUCCAAACCUCAAGUACCUUGAUCUCAGGUUCAACGAUUUUGAAGGGGAGUUGCCUCCGGAGCUAUUCAGCAAGGAUCUUGAUGCCAUCUUCUUGAACAACAAUAGAUUCCACUCUACCAUCCCGGAAACUCUAGGCAAAUCGCCAGCUUCAGUUAUUGUGCUGUCUAACAACAAGUUCACAGGGUGCCUCCCAAGCAGCAUUGGCGGGAUGGCAGGCAGGUUGGAGGAGUUACUCUUGUCGGACAAUGACCUUUCCGGCUGCUUGCCAGAAGAGAUCAUUAUGUUGAAUACGACUACGGUUUUCGAUCUUAGCAAGAACAAGUUCACUGGGGACUUGCCUAGAGGCAUGGAACACUUGCAGAGUCUGGAGAUGAUGAACAUUGAAGGAAAUGAGUUCAGAAGCAGGGUACCUGAUACCAUUUGUACCUUGCCAAAUUUGAAGAGUUUCACACUCUCUUCCAACUACUUUGAUGCUAUGGAUCCAGUUUGCUCUCCCGUCGCGCUGCCAGGGCUGGAGGUGGAUGAUAGGAAUAAUUGUUUGCCACAGGAGCAGCAGCAGAGAAACGAAGAUGAUUGCCGUAUAGCCUUGAGCGAAAAGGUGGAUUGCAGUGCUGGAAACUGCAGACCACCAAUCAGGCGAGAGGUGCCGCCGCCACCUCCGGCACCGCGGCCGCAGCCACCAAAGCCUCAACCAGCUCCCACUCCAGCUCCCAAGCCAAUGCCAUAUUUCGCGCCAGCUCCUACACCAACAGCUUCUAAGCCAUUGCCAGCUCCCGCACCAAUAACCUUUAAACCGUCGCCGGUGCCAGUGCCAGCUCCCGCACCGAUAACUUUCAAGCCAGCGCCAGUACCGGUGCCGUCUCCUGAACCGGUAAUCCCUGAGCUAUGGCCUGAGCCAGCUCUUGCACCUGCCCCUGCUCCUGCAAUUUACCAAUCACCUCCGCCGCCACCACCACCACCAGCGCAAUCACCCCCUCCUCCACCAGUGUUCUCGCCUCCACCUCCACCACCAGCGCAAUCACCCCCUCCUCCACCAGUGUUCUCGCCUCCACCUCCACCACCUCGGGUCUUCCCACCGCCACCAGCACCGGCACCAGAAGUACCUGAAAAAGCAACAACUAUUCCUUCUUUCCUACCAUUUCAACUCCCACCUAACUUGGGAGCCCACUACGUAUCCCCCCCUCCGCCAGCCAUCCCGGGCUACUAAACUAAAGAGUUUCUCAUCUUCGACUGGUUAUGUUCUUUUUCACCCGUAGUUGUUCCAAUGUAAAAACUCUGAGCCUGCAAGUUUUGUCUUGCCAUUUCUUAGGUUUGGAACCAGCAGUUUAACAUGUUCCUCUAAACUAUAUAUUUAUACUAGUAAUUUAUCUCAUGCUUUA